GAACGACCCAAGGAGGAGCAUCCAUGCUGGAGGUGAGGGAGCAACCAGUGAUGCGUAAACAACGCGGCUUAGCCGGAGCCUUCCUGGGCCUGAUCUUGGGCCUGAUCCUGGGAUUCUCGAUCCUGAACUACGAGAUGCUGCCUACGCUCCUCCUGAGCCCGGCAAAUGGGACCCACAAGGCCGGACCCAACCAAACUAUGGACCCGAACGACCAGUCUUCGCCUCUAAGGAACAUCGACCCGCGAAAAGACGGUGGAAUCAGCAAUUCGUCUUCUAGUUUGUUGCUGGUGGGCGUCAUGACCGCUCAGAAGUAUCUUAGCACCAGAGCGAAGGCCGUUUACGAGACUUGGGGGUCCGAGGUCCCAGGAAAAAUCGCCUUCUUCUCUUCGGAGAGCUCCAGGGUUCCGUCGAAUUGCCCUGACCUUCCUCUGGUUCCUCUUCCCACGGUGGACGAUAGCUACCCUCCUCAGAAGAAGUCCUUCCUGAUGCUCCAGUAUAUGUGGAAGAACUAUGGCGACAGGUUCGAGUGGUUCUUCAGGGCCGAUGACGACGUCUAUGUUAGGAUGGAUCAGCUCGAAAAGCUCCUCAGGUCCGUCGACUCCAGGAGGAACAGGUACAUCGGUCAGGCUGGAAGAGGGAAUUCCGAAGAGUUUGGAUUGCUCUCGCUGGAGUACGAUGAGAACUUCUGCAUGGGCGGCCCUGGGGUCGUUCUAUCCAGGGAGACCCUCAGGAGGAUCAUUCCCCAUAUCAAGCAUUGCCUGAAAAAUUUGUACACCACUCAUGAAGACGUAGAACUAGGCAGGUGCGUCAGGAGGUACGCCGGGAUACCCUGCACCUGGAGCUACGAGAUGCAGUCCAUUUUGUAUCACAAUAGCAGCGGGGAGCAAGCUUUUACCGGGAACCUGAAGAGGAAAGAAGUCCACCGAGCCAUCACUUUGCAUCCCGUCAAAAGUCCUCCUUACAUGUAUAGACUCCACAAUUACAUGAAAGGUCUCAAGAUACAAGACCUCCAGCAGGAAAGGAUCCAGUUGCACAGAGACAUCCACACAUCUGCCAAGCAGUUGAACAUCGGCAUCGAAAAUCUCGAAUUUCACUCCUUGGCCAAAAACGUGCCGCUGUUUCCUGUUACAUCCGACUCCGAGGAUUAUCCAGGCGACACGAAAUUUCUCGGUGUCCCUGCGGGACUUACGGCUUUCAAGCCCAAAUCGGUCAAGGAAGUGAUACCUUGGGACUUCAUCUCGAGGUCGGAGUUCAGUUUGAGAGACUCGAAUCCCCGAAGAAGGAUCCACAGUCACAUCAAGGAGGGCCUGGAAGACAUCACGAGAGAAGUUAUGGCCUCCAUUAAUGCCUGCUCUCGACAACGUGGAAGAAUCGUGGAGGAAAGAUCAGCUUUGUACGGCUACCGGAGAGUGGACGUUUUCGGAGCGGACACCAUCUUGGAUCUCCUUCUGGUUUACCGGAAGUACAGGGGCCGGAAGUUGACGAUUCCAGUCAGAAGGCACGUCUACCUGCACCAACACUUCAACGGUCUGGAGAUCAGAGAAGUGGUGGACGGCGUAGAAUUGGCGCCAGAAGGCCCGAGGAACGAGAAAUCCCUGAAGAGCUUGCUCCACGGAGGUCUCCUCAGCUUCGGCCUGGGUCAUCGCAGAGAUCCGAAGAGUCCAAUGGAUAAAUUGAUCCGUUUCGUGCUUCCCCUCUCGGGAAGGUACGAGAUCCUCGAGAGGUUCCUGAAGAAGUACGAAGAAGUGUGCCUCCAGCACCAGGAGAACGUGGAGCUCCUGCUGGUCCUGUUCCCCGACAAGUUGGAGGCCAACUUGACGAGACCAUUGACCUUAAUAGACGAUUUAAAGUACAAGCACCCGAGUUCGCGGAUGGACGUGGUUCUAGGCUCUGGGAAUUUCUCCAGAGCGCGAGCUCUUCAUCUCGGCGUGACGAGGUCCAAGAGAGAAGACCUCCUCUUCUUCAUCGACGUCGACAUCGUUUUCACGAGAGAGGCUCUCACCAGGAUACGGCUGAACACCAUCGUCAACCGGCAGGUGUAUUUCCCCAUAGUGUAUAGUCAGUUCGACCCCAAAGUCGUGUAUGGAGACCGGAAGAAGCGAGACGACAUGCUCGUGAACGACUUUAGUGGGUACUGGAGACAGUUUGGGUUUGGGAUAGUAUCUCUUUACAAAGAGGACUACGAAACCGUGGGUGGCUUCGACUUGUCCAUCAAUGGUUGGGGGAAGGAGGACGUGGACCUGUUCGAGAAGGUCGUCAAGUCCAAUCUGACGAUUUUUAGGGCCGUUGAUAGGAACCUCGUGCACGUCUACCACGAAGUCGAGUGCAACGAGGACUUGCCCGAAUCCCAAUUGUUGAUGUGCAAAGGAACGAGAGCGGACACUUACGCGGGCACGGAAUUACUCGCAAAGAUUAUCUACAAACAUCCAGAGUACCUCAGGUUCGCCAGGGAACGAAGGAAGAGGGUAAAUGGCCCCGGGAGGUGAAAGUCCCCUAAGUCCCCCAAACUCUUCUAGGUAGCUGAAAAAUGUGUACAGACUGCUCCGAACAAACUCUCAUUUUUUUUUUUCUGCCAGAUUUAAGAGAACACUGCACAAAGUGGCCAAACAUUCUGUGAUGCAUCCGACCAGGCCUGUCCGCAGAUUUUACUAUUUUAACUAAAAGUCUAGGUAGAAUUGUCAGUUUCGCUGAUACUAGGUUACCAGGAAAAAACGAAACGAAAUGCCCGACGGUGGUAAAUUUCCUUCUUUAGUUUAGAGCUUUCCGCACUUGUAAAUUGUACGAUACAUCUGGCCUGCGCGAUUUGCAAUAAGUUUUAACGUAAUUCUAUAAAGAUCUUGAGUAGGACAAUUGAUCGCUCGAUUAAAAAUGUCCAGAGUAGUCAAUCCGAAUCGCUGUGUUUAAGAUAGUAUAUUAGGUGUACAACGAAUGGAUUGAAUUAAUUAAAUGUAGAUCGUCUCGUGCACCCGAGGCGCGAAAUUCCCGACGACUCUAGAAGCCGAGAUAUAAUUUUUAUUUGAAUUUAUACAAGGAAUAAAUAAAUCCUUAAACAAA